AAAAAAAAAAUAAUUAUUUAAUAGAAACUUUUUUUUUCCCACAUCUGAAUAUUCUAAUAUACUUUUUUUUUACUUGAACUCGAAACUCGGAAAAAAUGAAAACUUAUUUUAUCACUCUCUUAGUCCUUGCGUCAGCAACAUUGGGUUCAGCCCAAUUUGGUGGUAAUCUUUCAGACGGUUGUAAGAACGAAAUGACCAAAUUGCUUGGUGAUAAAGAUAUCAAUAAAUGCUUUCCGUUUGCAUCUGUUGCUCCAUUGGCUUCUUCUACUUCUAUUCCCGACCAAAAUACUUUAAAGAGUGCGGCCGAUGCAAUUUGUGGGGCUCCUAAAUGUUCAGAUGAUCUUGUAGCUAAGACUCUAAAUGAAGUCAAAACUGCAUGUCAACAAGAUAUAUCAAAUAAAAACCCUCUUGCAUCACUUGUUAAUGCUGCAUUAUCUUUGUAUUCUCCAACAAGAGAUUCUAUUUGUUAUAAGAACUCUACUGACGGUUAUUGUUUCAUUGAAUCUCAAGCAGCAGCACAACAAAUUCUUCAAUCUGCUCCAAAAGGCCAAGAUCCUGCUAUUACUCUUGCUGGUGCAUCAAAAGAUGUAGUUUGCACUCCCUGUAAUAAAGCCAUUUUUAAUACUUAUUUUAACUACCAAAAUACAAAUCCUAAUGCAUUCUCAGAUAUCCAACAAGUCACUGAUAAAGAUAUUAAUACUGCUAAAAGUGCUUUACAAGGAAAAUGUGGUAAAAAUUUCAUAGAUGGAAAUGUAGGAGAUUCAAAAGAAGAUCCACAAAAAUUCCAAAGUGAAUCUGCUAACCAAAAAUCUGAUGCCGCGUCUUUAAUUGCAAAUCGUAUGAGUUUAGUAGUUCUCGUAGGAUCAAUUCUUGCUGCGCUUUAAAUUGCAAUUUCGGGAUAAUAAUUAUUUAUUUAUUUAUUAUUUAUUUUAUUAAUUUAAAUUGUUUAAUCAUUUUCGAGAAAAAAAAUAUUUCAAUAGACUUUUUGUAAAAAAGUAUCCGCAUUAACUCCAUUAUAGAGGAAAUUAAUGCUUGAUGUAAAAUCUAUUAUUUGCAUAAUUCGUAGCUAGUUUGUAUUUUUAUAUUAUAUUAUUAAUAUUCAAUAAAGUAAUAUUUAUUCAAAACA